CAGCACAAUCAAAGUCUAUGGGUUCCCAUAGCGUUUCUUGUAGUGGCACAACAUUUUGUGAAGGAUGAUUGUAUCUCGGGCUCGGCGAAGGCGUGCUCAGUGGGGAGGACAUCUGCUACACUGUGUAGCUGCCCUCAUGAACGACAUCCGUUUUUCCAUCUUUCUUUCAGACGCCCGGGAUGGAGACGAGGAGGGCUCCAGGGAUAGAGAUGUUUUGGGCGUAGUAGGUGGUUGCGUGAGUGGGGUAGACGCGAAAACGGGUGAAGGGGGAGAGGACGACGCAGUGGUUGAGGUACGAUAUCAAGUGGAAUUGGGUGUCAGAUGUAGAUGGAACAGUCGGAUUAUCUUCUAUCGUGGACCGAUUCGGGGUGAAUUCGGUGUGCUUAGAUCUUCUGGAGCUAGUGCUUCAAUGUUGCAAUCGCGACGUUGAACGCACGAAAAGCUAAACUUUAGCCGAUGGGUUCAAGUAGU